CCCCGGGCCGCUAUGGGCGUUGGCGGCAGCGCAGGCGGUGUCUGCCGUCCGCGCCCAGGCUGCGGGAGCCGAGGGGCGAGUGUCUUUCCGCCGGUCGCGCACUGCCCCGCCAUGUUCCAGCUCCUGAAAGGUCUCGUUCUGCCGGCGGCUGCCUGCGACGGGAGCAAGAAUGGCGACUCUCGGUACGCUAAUCUCUUCAAGAAGCUGGACCUCAACGAAGAUGGGAGGGUCGAUAUUGCUGAGCUCCAGACGGGCCUCCGGGCCCUGGGCAUUCCCUUGGGAAAAGAGGCGGAAGAGAAAAUUUUUAAAGCUGGAGAUACAAACCAAGAUGGACAGCUAGAUUUUGAAGAAUUUAUGCAGUAUCUUAAAGAUCAUGAGAAAAAGAUGAAGCUGGCUUUUAAGAGCCUGGACAAAAACAAUGACGGUAAAAUUGAAGCAUCAGAAGUUGUCCAGUCCCUCAAGAUACUGGGUAUAAACAUUUCUGAAAAACAAGCAGAGAAGAUCCUGCAAAGUAUUGAUGCUGAUGGGACAAUGACAGUAGACUGGAAUGAAUGGAGAGAUCACUUCAUGUUUAAUCCAGCUGCAGACAUUGAGGAAAUCAUUCGAUACUGGAAACAUUCCACUGUGCUGGAUAUAGGAGAUAGUUUGACUGUUCCAGAUGAGUUCACAGAGGAAGAGAAAAAGACUGGACAGUGGUGGAAGCAGCUGCUGGCAGGAGGAGUGGCUGGUGCUGUGUCUCGAACAGGUACAGCGCCGUUAGAUCGCCUUAAAGUGAUGAUGCAGGUUCAUGGUUCCAAGUCAAACAAGAUGAAUAUAGCCAGUGGUUUUAAGCAAAUGUUGAAAGAAGGUGGUGUGCGGUCCCUCUGGAGGGGAAAUGGUGUUAAUGUUGUGAAAAUAGCUCCUGAAACAGCUAUUAAGUUCUGGGCUUAUGAACAGUAUAAGAAGAUACUCACUAAGGAUGAUGGGAAGUUAGGUGCCGUUGAAAGAUUUGUAUCUGGUUCUUUGGCUGGAGCUACAGCACAAACUUCUAUUUAUCCCAUGGAGGUUUUAAAGACCAGACUGGCUGUGGGUAAAACAGGGCAAUACUCUGGGAUGUUUGACUGUGCCAAGAAAAUCCUGAAAAAAGAAGGUGUAAAGGCCUUUUACAAAGGCUAUAUUCCUAAUAUUCUGGGUAUAAUUCCUUAUGCUGGCAUCGACCUUGCUGUUUAUGAGCUCUUAAAGAGUACAUGGCUGGAACACUAUGCCUCAAGCUCUGCUAACCCAGGUGUUUUUGUAUUGUUGGGAUGUGGUACUGCUUCCAGCACAUGUGGGCAGUUGGCCAGUUACCCUCUUGCUCUUAUCAGAACACGCAUGCAGGCUCAAGCCUCGGUAGAAGGAGCUCUGCAAUUAAACAUGGUUGGUCUCUUUCAAAGAAUUAUUGCUACAGAAGGCAUCAGAGGACUUUAUAGGGGCAUAGCCCCUAAUUUUAUGAAAGUGCUUCCAGCUGUCAGCAUCAGCUAUGUUGUAUAUGAGAAAAUGAAGCAGAACUUGGGAAUAGCUUGAAAUGAAGCAAGGUGAGAUGCUUCUCAUGUUGAUAUAUCAGAACAAAAAUGAUUCCUCAAGCAAUCUGCUCUUACAGUUGGAGACAGAUCUUUAUGCUGCAACUUCUACUUUUGCCCUGAAGUGGCAAGAAACUUAAAUUCUAGUUCACCAUUUCUAAACAGAUGCCUAUAUUGCACUUUAAAAUGUCACUGAGUCUGGAGAAAAAUCAAGGAACUAUUUUUAAAUCGUCAAUAUGUAUGUUCAGGAAAUUGGGCAUAUUUUACUUACUGGCUUUUGUUUUUUGUAUUUGUCUUCCUCAAAUGCAUAUUUGGCCUGGAUCAAACCAAAGGUAGAAGUUUGUACUGCAUUGAUACUGAACGUAUGAAAGUGACUUUGUUUUGUCACACUGCCUAUGCUCAAGUAAUUCACAGGCAACAUUUUGCACGCCUAGAAGUAAGCACUUCUGAUUUUGGAAAGCUUAAUGUUAAGUUCAUGUGAAAUAGGAUCUUAGAUACAGGCAAGGAUGAAAUAACACACUUGCAUAUAGCCUAUCACCUUUAUCUUCAGGCUAAGAGAUUUGGUUUGGCUUUUUUUCUUAUUGAAAGAAUAAGAACCUAAGGAAGUGCUGUUCCAUGACGUCAGAAUACCUCCAAUGAUUUUUACACCAUAUUUUUGUAGUGCAAUCAGCAAUUUUCAUAACUUGCUGCACUGGACUCGGUUUGCACUUACGGUUAGCAGUGAUAAAAUCUCCAACAAGCUUAGUGUUACAGCUGUGUGUUUUAUAGGGUCAGAUAAUACACAAACAGAAAAAACUUGGUCAUGAGAGCCAUUCCAUACAAUUGCAAGUUGCUGUUCAAAAGCAAGAUGGAGGAUCCAGUAUUAAGCUGAUAGUGAUUGUAAUACAGCCAAUAGAGGAGCUCAUCGUAGCUGCCUUGGAGAGAAAUGCUUUUCUCUUUGGACUCAUCAUUCAUUUCCUUGCUCAGAAUUGGACUCAUUCAUUUCCUUGCAUGAUUAUGCAAAGGUUUUAUAGCUUCAUCAUGUGCUAUAAAUCCCCCUUUCCUCUUAUUUCUCUCUGCACACUACCUGUGUGCAAGAAGUUCAGAUAGUUAAGGACUGAAGCACCUUGCCAAAGUCACCAAAGGGGACUACUGAUCUCAGCUGCCCAUCGGGUCGAUGUUACUGAAGCAAGCGAAGCACACACACACAAUUUUAUUACUGCUUGACAAACAACAACUCCUCAAAAAACCAAAGCAGCACUUCCUCAGUGCAGAAAGCCUGGUACUUCCCAUCUACAAGUGCUCCUCAAGUGACUUCCUUUUUUGUUGUUUGGGGGAAGGGGGGAGGGAGCAUUUCGGUUGUCUUCAAGGCUGAACACUGACAUAGUCACACUUACCUAUCAAACCCAUUUCUUAGGCUUUUUCUGCUUUCUGCAGUGCGUGGUGUCCUAAUCUUGGUAAAUUCUAGAUUAGACUUAUCUUGACCUUCUAAAAGCAACUGCUCUUAGAUUGCUUCCUGAAAUUGGAUUACUUAAGGAAGAACAUUGCUCCUGUAAGGUCAUUAAGCAUCUCUCUCUCUUUAGCAAACAUGAAUAACUGUCUGAACCUUCUUUCUCCACAUAAUACUUGGGCCAUAUUUUUUGAACAGCAAACAGAUAAUGAAACUGUAUUCAGUACUUCCAUAGUUGAUUUUUUUUUUUAUUCUUUGUCAACUGAUAUAUAACAACUCCAUAAAAUUCGUACUAUGAAAUGUUGUUUUGUCAGACUGUCAGAAAAUGGCAGCUUUAGCUGUGUCUUUUGGCCUUCCCUUCAGGGAGAACCUUGGACUUUGCACUUUGUGCUACAAAACCCAGAAACUCUAUCCAAAUGAUCCAUGUGUACAAUGCCUUUGUGAUCUGAAUGCUUCUUGAGUUUGCCAACAUUCUUGUACCUUUGUGGAAUUAUGUGAGACAGGUUCCCAAUCAUUUUGUUUGACUGUGACCAAUGAGCAAAUGUAUUGUGUGUGUGAUGGAAAGAUGACUUUUAACAGUGUCUGUUUUUUAGACUUUAUCUUGUUUAUAGUGUGCAAGUGCCAUUAGGAGUAUUGAAAAUUACAGAUGAGAUAAUUGAAUUUUAAUUUUUCUAUAUGUGCCUUUAUGAUGACUGUGAUCAAUUGUGUAUUUUUUUGUUUGUUUUUUAAAUGUAUGUUUACCUUUCUAGCUCUUUGAAACUACUGGUUUCUAAUAAAUGGUUGUUUCUUUA